AUGACGUCAAUCGCCGUCUGCAGCGCCGCAUUUCGCCGCGAGCCCGUCACCAUCCUUGACAGUUCUGCCGCAACGACUACGCUCCGCGACCUUGAGAAGCACCUGACACAACUGCAGGGUGCUGGCCAACGACUCCAAGUGCACGCAGAUAUCCACGACGCAUACCUGGAGGAGCUUGCGGCACACGACAGCGAGAGCGUGCAGCGCGUGGCACGCGGCAAGGCGGCACUGGCAAAACUGGAGCACCGGCUGGGCCGGCGCAUUGCCUGGCUGCUCGAAGGUGAUCCCCACCAACACCAACACCAGCACCAGCGGCAGGCAGAGCCACACCCCGAUGAUGUUCACGCUGCUCAACAGCUCCUUGGUGAGGCUGCACAGUACUUUUCCCCUCCUGGCCUCAAGCUGCUCUCAUCCACUGCGCCGUCCACCGCGUCCAGCAGUGACACCUCUUUCCAGUCGUCGGCCUCUCCGCCCUCUCCACAGCUUCUCGAACAAGCGAGUCAUGCGCUAGUGAGUGCAAACAGCACCGCCGUAACCACAACAGCAACCGCCACAGCAGCAGUGGAGCAGCUUCAGCCACAGCAGCAGCACCACAACACCAGUCAGUCCUCUCCAAACACCAAACGCAGCCUCUCUCAGCUCGCCCACCACCACCAUCAUCACCACCACCAUCCUCAUAACCACCGCCAGGACACGCCGUCCCCUGCUUCGUCCCACUCGUCAUUCAUUCCGCAAGGGCAGCGCCCCGUGGAGGACUGGCCACCAGCCACCGCCACAUCUGCACCCGCCACACCAAGGCAUCGGCGACCAGCAGCAGCAGCAGCAGCAGCAGCAGCAGCAGUAACAGCAAUGCCAUCAACCACGCCGACAACACCAACCACCCCUCGAGUGACAGCAGCGGCAACAGCGGCAGCCGCAACAUCACAGACGCAGGAAAGUGUUGCAGUCGCAAGGAUGGGUGCAGCCAAGACAACGACACCAACACUGAUGACAACGACGGAGAGGAAACGUCGACACGUGAAGCGUAGUCACCUCGCUGCUCACAACAAGCCGCAUGGUGAUUCGCAACCCUACCCGCAUGGCAGCCGCACGACUGCUGAUGGCGAUGGUGGCGACAAUGAUGAUGAUGAUGGUGAUGAUGCUGAUGACGAUGAUGAUGAUGAUGACAUGGACGCCAAUAUUCCAUGCAGUUUUGAGGCACACAAGCAGCACCAACACCAGCACCAGCGCAAGAAGACUGGGCGUGGUGCCAAGCGGCAGACAUACGCGCACCAAGCGCGCCAUGGCGUGGAGGUAGGAAGAGCUGUUGUGACCACACCUCAAGAACAGCAAGCCCACCCCAGCACCAACAACGGUGGCGGCGAGAAGGACGUGCGUACGCAACACAACAACAGCCACAUCUCCACAGCCACAGCAACAGCAACAGCCACAGGUGGCUUGGCAAAGAAGAAGGCAAAACUGUCGGCUGGUCGUGCACUGACACCGGAGACUGGAGAGCAAGAUGUUCGUGUGGGUGAUGAAGGCAUGAGCACAGCCGUUCGUGGUGCCACUGCUACUUCUGCAAGCGCCACAGCAGCAAGUGGCGACAGCCAGCGUGUUGCCGUCACGGUCACAGAGGCAGCAGUGUCCAUGAUCACACGCGCAACAACGAAGACAUCCGUCUCAACGGCGGCUGGUCUCCGCAUCCCAACUGCCAACAACGACCGUCGGCAUCAACAGCAACAACGGCAGUCGCAGCAGUCACAGGAGCAACAUCCAAUCACGAGUACGCAGAAGGUUCGAUCGCCUUCAUCUGUCAACGAACAGCAGUCACAACUGCUUCAUGCUCCACCAAACCAACAACAACAACAACGACAACGACAACGACAACAGCAAGAGCAUGGAAGGGGCAAUUUCGGCGUCGGUGGUGGUGGUCAACACAUCACCAGUCCCACGCGGCGCCUUGUGCGGUCGGUUGCAAGCCUGAGCCCGAUUGCAAUGCCGUACGAACACGAUGUCACGGGCGGUGGUGAUGGCGGUAGUGUCGGUGAUGGUGACCUGGAGGCCGAGAGCGACAACAUUCAAGAUGACGACGAUGAGGAGGAAGAGGAGGAAGAUGAAGAGGAAGAACGUGAAGCGUGACGGAAGAAGGUCGGGUGGGUGAUGAGGGAACCAUGUCGUGUACGUUUGCAAGGCUGCCACAUUUGUGGUCACGAUCGGUUGAGGCGCGGUGAUGUCUUGCUUGUUGCGUGUGUGGUGUACUCUGGAACCAAC